AUGUGGGUCACGGAAGCAGAGACUGUCGACACAUUGGUUGUGGAGGAUUUCGAGGAGACGAUCGGUAAGGAUCUCGACUCCGUUGAGCUUGAUGUCGAAGUAGUAGAAGCAAGUCACGUCGGUUUCCGGGCUGAAAAUAGAGAGUUUUUGGAAGAGUUGGGAAAAAUUGAACGUGAAGUCGUCCUCUCCAUACUUGACGACGAUCCGAUUGAAGCCUGCCUCGUAUUGAAUCUCAAUUCCCGACGCUAUCAAUCCACACUUCUUCACCAACUUCUCCGAUUCCUUGUUCUGAUCAGCCAUGACAAAUCUGGAGAUGAAGAAGAGGAAGUUCAUUAG